UUCCUCGCGUUUAAAACUAUUCAAAUGACAAAUCUUGAUUGUAAAUACCUUCUAGGCGCAUGUUACUCAUGUCAAAAAUGCUUGUAUUGUUUUGAGUUUCCACAAGAAGAGUCAUGUAAAUGUGAUAAAAAUAAACAGCCAUCAAGAACUAAACACCCAAAACGCGGACAACAAAUAUAUCAACGCACUUUUACUCCAGAUUCUUCAUUUCCAAAAGCAAAUAAAUAUAUGUCUGAUGCCAAUGACAAGUUUGGCUAUAACAGUAAUUUUGAAAAAACAUUUUCUUUCACCCUUUGUAGCGCCUGUAAUAGCCAAAUUCAACGUCAUAGAAGUGCUGACAAGAAAAAAGUUGCUCUAAAUAAUUUAUCAAAUGAAAAAGAUGCUGAGAAUGAUGAUAAAGUAGGGGAUCAUCAAACAAUCUCUUUGGUAAGUAGUGAUACUUAUGAGGAAGAAGAUAUUGAUAAUGUAGAAGUUGAAGAUGAGGUAAAAGUGCAGAUAAUUGUUAAAAGUAAGAAUAUAAAAGUACCUAUAGCAAAAACUCUGAAUAUUGAACCUACCAGUUAUAAAAAUGCCAUGGAAAAAGUAAAUUUGGUAGUUCAAAAAACUUUGAGAGAAAAAAUUACAUCAAAGGAUUAUGUUAUAUCAUACAAAGCAGUAAAUGUACAUGGACCCUCAAAUGAACUUAAGGAUGAAUUGGAUUUCCAAAGAUUUAUUGGUGAAUAUAAAAGGAUAGUUCUAGAUGGCAAAAAAAUGUCAAUGAUAGUAGCUGUAAGAGAUAAUUUAACAAAGAAAAAAAAGCUUCAUAAUAAGAGUUCUGAUGAAAGUGGAUUUUCUUCUGCUGAAGAACUACAAUAUACAAAAAAGAAAAAAUUACGUGCCAUUUGUGAAGAAGAUUUAUCAAAUGAAGAAAAAACAAGAUCUGAAGUUAUUUCUACUUUAUGUGAAAUAUAUAGAUGUAAUGUACACGCAACACCAUGUUUUAUUCAAGAUAAUUGGCAUUUACAGCUUGAUCCUGCUAGAUUACAACUUUGGGCACAAGAAAUAGUAGGUUUUUUCAUGUAA